GGAAGCUACCAUCUCUUUUGCCUUCAGGUUUUCCGUGAGAAACACGUUCGUGCGUUUUGCGUGCAGUUUUUAACCGAAAAAAUGGGUUUCGCCAACUUGUGGUACUCUCAUCCACGUAAAUACGGACAGGGAUCGCGUUUCUGCCGUGCCUGCUCCAACAACCACGGAUUGAUCCGAAAGUACGGACUGAACAUUUGCCGCCAGUGCUUCCGCGAGUACGCUAAGGAUAUUGGCUUCAGGAAGCUGGAUUAAAUUCGCGAAUAUUAUCCCGAAAAUUCCUCCUGUUCGGCAUCAAGGAAUGUUUCUUAUUCGUCGGCAGUAACUUGUAGGAGGACGUUAUCGGCAAAUAAAUAAUGUGAAACCACACACCCUCAAACAACAA